AUGAAGCAGAUCUCUUACUGUGUUGUUGGCGUACCAGGGGGUAACAAUUGUAUCAUGGCGGAGAAACACUGGUCAGCUAGUCUGUUGCGUGAAAAAAUCGUCGAGUGCUUCGUCGAAGAGGAGAAGAGGCUGAUCUUGCCAGAAACAGUGGCGCUGUAUCUAGCGUGGUUGAACGGAGAGUGGCUCGCAUCGCACGAUUCGCGCGUGAAGCAGUUGCUCGCCGGUGAAAUUCCUGCGGACAUCGCCACCAUUCUUUCGGGCGAUGAAAUCGACUUGAGCGCAACUACCGGAAACAUUCUCAUCGAAGCCCCGACGGCGCGUGUGAUCUAUGUACUCUUGAAACUUCCACACAAAGUAAUCCUGCGCAUUGCGAACUCUCGACGGCGACUUCUGUUCGGCAAUGACCAGCAACUCGACUGGCAGUCUUCAAGCUGGGAAAUACCGGUACACGCAUGUAGCCCUCGAGAUACGCACUUCUGGCUCGAGAAGGAAGACUUGGAAGAAUCAGGACUGCCAAACCAGCGUCUGAAGCUUUACUCCCGGUCUGCUUUCCACGAUCAAUUCAAAUUCCUCCAAGAGAAAGUGUGCGAUGAAGCACACAUCGGCUGGAUCAUGGACCCACCGGGCACUGGCAAAUCGGUCACCGCUAUGGCCUUUGCCACAACAGUCGAUCGAAGCAAGUGGAUGGUGACAUGGGUCCAUGUGAGGGAGGGGUCGAAGCUGAGUUGGUGUAGUUUCAUGCAUGUUCAUGGACGCUGGGUGAGUGCUGCCAUUCAAGUUGAUGAAGGUUUUGAGAAUGUGCUGGAGAAUCUCGAUGCCGACGACCCGUUACUUCAACCGAAAUCUUCGUGUAGCAAAAUAUCUAUCGAGCAGCGCGUCGCGAUGAUUAAUGCCAAGUUUUACUACGCCGGUGGCUCCUGCAGCAACAUGUUUCAAUUAAACACACAGCAGAUCGUUUUCAUCUACCGAGUAUCUUCGAUCCAUGUUUCCGUGGCCGGGCUCGUCGGAACUCACGAUAAUAUCUGUGCAAGCAGUAUUCAAAGGUUAAAGUCGUCACAUGGACUCAAUUCGGAUCCAGUGCUGAGUGGCUGGAUGCUGGAGAUGGCAUUCUUCUUGAGCCUCCGGGACGGUAGUCUCGUCAUCCUCGGCAAUAGCGAUGAUAACACUCGGAGGUGGGGUCCAUGUCACAUUCAAAUGAACGAUGAUAUCCCGUGUCAAAUUCACGAGGAGCCAAUGUGUGUCGUCCCGUGUCGGCGAGGCAAGAGUAGCUACAACGCAAUACUGCUGUACAAGAGAGACCGCCUGGUACGCUUCGUGCAAAUAGUUUCCGGCAAAAAGGUUGGAUUUAAUCUCGAGUACUGUCUCACGUGGCUGAGGAAGUUUUCGAAGUCGAGAGGAAGUUUUUGUGUGUCGAGGCUCGAGUUCGUCGUGGUGGGGGUCAAAAGCAAACUUGUUAGCUUGCAGGUCGAUUUCGACGAAGAACUUGUGGUCGGCUUUGGCAAAAGAUUGGAAAUUGAGAAUGUAGUCGCUCGAGUCAAGGUGCUUCACGGACCACGGAUUGCCGACAACAGGAGCAGGCUAUCAAAGAGAAAAAGGCGAAUCAAGAAGCGGCAAUCAACAAAAAGCAUCACCGCUGACGAGUAG